CUGUUGUCCUGCCCUACACUAAAGUCAAUGUUACAGAUGAAUAUGGCAUAUAUUAAAUGGAUCUUGAAGCUGUUGACCAUUGUUUAGUAUUGAAUUGCAUGGUUUUGUUCUACUAUGGGGAGCGUAACAUCUCUGGACUGAAAGUGAUGAUUCAGUCCAUGCACUAGUAUCAGACCGCUUUAUGACCACAUCACUCGAGGUGAAGUGUGUAUUUGGCGUCCCCCUCGUUUUUCUGAAGAAGCGGGGACAUAUGCGGCAGGGCGUCCCUGUGGUGCUCCUACAGAUGGUGGAGUUUUUGGAACAAUAUGGCCUCCACCAGAGGGGAUUAUUCUGUGCCAGUGGAUCAGAGGCACGAUGCGAUGAGUUGAAGAAAAGUCUGAAUGGUGGUGAGUUUCAGGGUUUUCGCAGCGAUGAUGUCCAUGCUGUGGCCUCUCUGCUGGUUCUCUUCCUGAGAGAACUGCCUAAUGGACUCAUCCCAUGGUGGAGUGCCAAAUGGCUCUUGAGUGUCUAUACAAAAACCAAAGGCAAGGUUUUGGACCUCAAGCGUGCGAAGAAGGUCCUGGAAAGUUUUGCACCCGAAAUCUUCAACAUCCUGUGCUUGCUUAUUCACUUCCUGUCUCGUGUAGCUGCUUGUAGUCAUAUCAACCACAUGACUUCGGCACACUUGUCUGACAUUUUUGGACCCUGCAUCUUUGCUGAACAGGGAGAGAAGUGUUUUGUGCGGUUUGAAGGCUGAGGCAGAAGAGGACGGUAUAGAGAGCACAGCGCUGAUGAGAUCCAGAGGCCCCAGUCCCCUCAGUGACAGUAUGAUGUCUGAUGAAGUUCUUAUUAAUGAAGUCACACAUGAAAUACCACAUGAUUCACACGAGGCAGAGAGUGUCAUUUCGACUGAGAUAUACGGAGCUGAUUUGCAAAGAACUCUGGGAGAGAUUCUUGCAUACUGUCAGGUCACAUAUGGAGCCAUUCUGAAACUUGAUGAGAAGUUUGAGAUGCUCCAGGCGAAGGUAGCAAGCAUCCAGAGCAGUCAUCAGAAUCCAGCUGUCCACUCUCAGAGGAUGUAUUUGUCAUCCAGCUACAGAGACAGCUGCCAGGCCGAGUCUGAAACCUUGAUCGGUUCUGAAGCGUCUAUGCCCCACCUUGUUCAUAUUUCCUCUACGUCUCCCCUUCCGUCUGUGGACAGCAGGAAACCUCCUACACUCUCCCCCGGCCCAGAGGUGCCCAGCCCUCCUCGACUUGUUAUCCAGAGCCAGUCCCACACCUCGGUCAAGACCACUGCGCCAACCCACGCAACACAAGCCUCUUUCAGCAGGAAUAAAAUGAGCCUAAUGCAGCAUCUUGAGCGAGUGAAGAGACCAGCUGAAACCAGCUCAGAGAUCAGUGACCCAGCUUCAACUGCAGAGCUGACGAAUACAGGUUGUCUGGGCAGCUCUGACAGGAAGGUGUUGGUCUCUAACUGUAUCCUACAGAGGGCUGGUAAAAUGGCCCGACCCAGUGCAGCGGUGCGGUACCUGUCCAGAAACAUCUUCACAGCGGAGGAACUCUCUCAAAGCAGCACCACUGGAAACACAAAGAGACGCCUAAAGAGACUCGACCCAAACAAGAUCAGUGCAAUCAGAGAGUGGGCGGUGAAGAGAUACCCAAAAUUUGACCUUCGUGAGAAAGGCAAGGACUGGAAAAUGUGUCUGUCUGUAAUCAACUCGACGGCCCGCUACUAUCGGUUCAUGGACAAGACACGGAAGCUAAAGGUAAAGGAAAGAGCAAACCUUGAGAAGUGGACAGAAUCAGCACCUUCAGCAGUUACGUGUGCAGCAGCGGCAGAGAUUGAUGUUGAACUGUCUGACAGCGACACAGAGCAGAAACAGCAGGAAACGCUGAUGAGCCACAUCACAGAGGAUCACAUGACCACAGACUGGGAAUCAACCAAUGUGUAUCUCGGUCCCCCUCAUCGGGAUGUGAAGGUUCCUGAGUUUGCCUUGUCUGCAGCACAUCUGCGAACACGUCCUGAGCUCAUCGCUCGUUAUCUCAUUAAGUUCAUCUUCCCAGAGGAUGUGCUGGUGCGCAGUAACGUGUACGGCGGGAUGCGGCGCGGCAUUCAGGCCCUCGACCACAACAAGAUCUCCGCGCUACGAGAGCACCUGCUGGAGCGUUUUCCCUGGAUGAGGCUGGAGGAAGACGGAAGCGACUGGAAGGUUUGCGUAGGAGCUAUAAACAGCACCAUCCGCAAGUUUCGAUACGAGCGCAAGAUGGGCAUCAAGAGAGGGAUACGCUAGCGCCGAGUAUCCAAUCAGAACAACUCUGUGAUACGGAGGUGAAACCUUUGUACACAGUGACUGUUUGUGUCAAGAAAUGCUGUCAGUAGCUGUUACUGCUUGUUUUUCUAGAAUGUGUUACUAGUAUUUAACUGAAUUUGUGAUUUAUACUGGUUCUUACUUUGAUAUUUAUGAUUUUCAACUGGAAAUCUGAAAAAGACUUUAUUUGGCUUUAUAAAAUGUACAUUAAUAUAUAGAUGUUUAAACAAAAAUUAAAAGUUAAUAUAAGGCUUUAUUAAGAACAAAAGAAUUGUUAAUAUAUUACACAUCCAAAACCUUUCUCUCCAUUGAAACUUAGCAGCUAUAGAAGAGAGAACAAAAGACAGCUGUUGUCAAAACAGGGACUUGCACUUCAGUUAUGAACACUGUAUCAGUGAAGUGAAUAAAACUGGUUACGUUGUUGCA